AAUUGGUUACGUCUUGGCGCCAAACCGCGCAGUGUUGCCCUAUUAAACUAAUUAAGUGCUGUAAAAUUUUCCAUGUAUUGUUCAACACUGCUACAAAUCUUAGAUGCACGUCAAAAUCGUACAAAAAAUUGAUUAAAAUAUAAUAAUUGACAAAAGCAACUACUUAUUAAGUAGCUGGUCGAUACGGGAUAAUGCAAGGAACAUACACAAGCGAGCAGCCCAAGGAUUUUCAGGCAGCAACCGCCGCAGCAGCAGCCGCCGCCGCCGCAGCCGCUGCUGCUGCCACAGCUUCUGUUGUUGCAAUGAGAACGACAGCUGAGCAGAGGGAUUUGGAACGGGAACGGGAGCGAGAUAGGGAGAGCAAUAGCAAUGACCAGGAAGAGUGGAGCAUGAGCGAAUGUGGAUUUGCUGACAACGAUGUGCAGCGUGCAAUACGAGGCGGCAGUGCCGCUGAGGACAUUACACAAUACCCAAUUCAUGGUUGGGUCGAUGUGACCAAGGAGUUCCACGAGGCCUGCGAGGAACUGCUGCCCGGCGAACUGGCGCAGGAUGUGCUCUUCGGCCUCUUCGAGGCAAUGUCUGCCAUUGAGAUAAUGGAUCCAAAAAUGGAUGUGGGCAUGGGCUUUGAUAGGUUCGACUUGCCACCACCCUCAUUUGAGGCAGCUGUUGCAAUGGGUGCCAUUAAGCUGGAUGGCUUGGAGCCGGCGGAACUGAUUGGCGUCUUUGAUGCUCUGUUUGCCUGUUUGGUCUCCUGGCUGGAGGGCAACUCCAUGGAUCAAGUGCUAUUCACCUGCCUCUAUCUACAUGCGCCAUCGCAAAUCCAGGACAAGGCGCUGCGCGUCUUUUGCAUCGCUGUGCGUAAUCUCAUAGUGGUCAUCAAAAAUAUCAUUAUCCUAGCGGCUGUUAACGAGGAAGAGGAUUUUCAAUUGUACGGCAAUUCAGCGCUGCUGGCAGCGGAGAAGGCACAACCCUCAACCAUUGCCGGGCUAUUGAAGGAUGUGGAGGAUGAGCUGGUGCGCAAGUGCAAACAGUUGCCACCAACUGACGAACAGAAUCUGAUGGCUGUGGUGCAUAGAUUACGCUUUAUGCGGCAUCUAUUUCAGGCCAUUUACCAGGUGGAGCUCAUGGCGUGUGCCGAGAACGCCGAGGAGGCUGUUAAUGAGAUCUAUAAGAAUCUCAAUGUGGCCUCCGAGCUGUUGCCGCUGAUCAAACGCACCAUCGAACGUGGCACACAGCCAGUGGAGGGUUCUGAGGCUCCUAAUCCCAUGGGCUUCUCACCGCGCAUUCAUGAUCGCAGCCAGCCACCGACAUUUCCGCGCAGCAUUAAGAUACGUGAGAGACCCGCCAGUUAUCAGUUUCUGGAGGAGAUGGUGGCACGUUUCAAAUACGCCUGCAAAGUGAUUCGAUAUAAGGAUUAUUACUCCGCACUGAACUUCUUCAUCGAAUAUAGUCGCAAGUCGGGACAUUGUAUACUCUCGCGCAGCGUACUACAAAACCUAUUCAGCUCCAGCAUUCGUCUGGCACAUGGCAAACAGUCGAUGAAACAGUUUUUGCGGCAUUCGGUGCAGUCUUUCAAUUCGCCGCCUGUGCUAAACUUGAAGCAUCCGGUGGCCAGUGAUCCCAAGGUGGUGCAGCAUUUGGAGACAUUCUUUCGCUAUUGCAUCAACAUGAAUACCUUUAAUCAGUUCAUCAGAUUGUGCGGCUUUAAUCGGGCUAGGCAACGUGAUAAGCUGGCGCAUCUGAUUGAGAACUUUGAUCCGCUGCAGGUGGAUGCAGUGCGUCUGGAUUCGCUGAUGAAUCAGUUGGCGAAUGAGCGUGCCAUGGAGGGCAACGAGUUACAUGCAACAGCGCUGAAGCACAGCACACACUUCUCCACCUGGGUACUGUACAAUUGCUUCCGUGCUAUGCUCAUCUACCUGAUGUCCGGCUUCGAGUUGGAGCUGUAUGCUGUCCACGAGUUUCUCUACAUUUACUGGUAUCCCUAUGAGUUUCUUGUGGGAUUUCUGGUGUCGGCUCUCACACGUACUGAGAACAUUUUGUUGGCCCAGGAGGAAUACGCUGAGCAUCAGAGCAGGAUUCAGUCUAAUGGCAGUGGAGGUGGGGCUGGUGGCAAGAAUCGCAAAGCUGCCAAGCCCAAAAAGAACAAGAAACAGCAACGUCCCUAUCGUCAGGAGAUCAUUUAUUAUCACGCCCUGCUCAGUCUCUGUGGCGGCAUGUACAAAGCCAUGGGCGCAUUAACCAAAGAUGGACGCGUGCGUCUGCCCAUGUCCAAGUUUGACAACGAGGAGAUUCGCUACAAUCGACGCUUUGCCCCGUUUGUGCCACUCACCAGUCCACCUCCCGUUUCCUAUGCCGAAUUCAAGAACAUACGCGAUCACAUGAUGCUCAACAGCGUCGAGGAGUUGUACAGCGUUGCUGCCAAGCACUUCGACCAGGCGCGCAAUGUGCUCGAGAGCAUACAGAAUCCAGAUCAGGAGAUUUUGGAUCUGCUGCAAAUCGCGCGCACCAAUUUUGUGGUGAUGAAUGUGCUCGCACGUGGACAUCAAAAGGAAGUGAAACGUCAGCCGGAAUUUGAUUUCUCCAAGCAUAGUUAUUUUCCAAUAAUGAAACUGAAAUAGCAAUAAUGCACCUUGGAAAUCAAUUCGUGUUCAUAUCGAUCCUAAUCCGUAAUUUAAUUUGUUUCGUCAUUUACAAAUAAAAUUGAUUUGUAUACACA